UGGGUCCUAGCAUUUAAUGUCAGCAAGUGAGAUUUAACCAUUUUUUGUAAACAGUUUUUGCCGUCAAAGAAAAUGUGACUUAAUAUCCGUCGUAAUGAAUCGGACCGAAUGGAGUCUGAGUCGUCCAAUCAGAAAGCAAAUAACUGAUAUGCAAAUUGUAUUUUAUCAUCACGUCAGCAGCGGUGGAACCGCUGAGGUCGCCAGCAGUGGUACAACUACGUGAAACUUCGUUCUUAUAAAUUUCUCUGAAAUUAUCGAUUUGUGUCGGAGCGUUUGACUUCCCUCUGGUUUGCUACUUGAUCGGCGCACGCUAGGUCAGUUCACAUCUUGAAUCUACCCCGCGAUGACCGAUAUUUCAGAUGCGAAUGGCAAGGCAUUGUAGACCUGGUGGUGGGAGUCGCAUCAGAUGGCUCAGGAUGCUGUGGAGAUAAGUCUGUAUCGCUGGACCAUGUUGGAACUACAGGCUAGUCGGACUCUUCUGUGAUGGGCAUUCAGCGGUUCAGCAGCCUGUGAGAUCUUCUCUUAGCACCACAUAGAAACAAGGAGUCCAGCCUUAGCGUCUGGACUGGUGGGACAAACGGUGGUCCCACGCCAUGACCGAUCCCAUCAUGGACUUCUUCGAUGAUCCCAACCUCUUCGGGGGUGGCUUGGAAGGGCUAGCGGAGGAUGGCUUUAAUGCAGGGCCCUCUCUGGUGGACGACCUCAACCUCGGCCCCGAGUUUGAGCCUCUGCAGGUGGAUCCGAUGGGGACGGGGAAGCACAUGGGUAUGAUGCAGACGCCCGGCCCCGCCCCCUCCUCCCAGCAGGGCCUGGCCUACGCACCACAGAUGGGGCAUUUUGACUCCAUGAAGGCCCAGAGCUCUAUGGCUCAGCCCUACUCCGGUGCUGAGGGUAACGGCGGUGGUUCUAUGGCUCAGCCCUACUCCGGUGCUGAGGGUAACGGCGGUGGUUCUAUGGCUCAGCCCUACUCCGGUGCUGAGGGUAACGGCGGUGGUUCUAUGGCUCAGCCCUACUCCGGUGCUGAGGGUAACGGCGGUGGCUUUAUGGCUCAGCAGCAGCCCAGGUUCCCAGGUACGCCCAUGGGCCAGCCGCCUCAGGCCAACGGACUCUUCCCGAACACCAGCCCCAUGUGGGGAAACCACGACCAAAAUAGAAACUCGUACCACCCACUGUCCCAGCAGCAGCAGCAGCAGCAGCAACAACAACAACAACAACAACAACAACAGCACCAACGUCAACAUCAACAUCCAUGUCAGCAAACGCAGCAGCAGCAGCAGCAACAUGGACAUCAUCAGCUCAUGAACCAGCACCAGCCUCCCCACCAGCAGAUGAACGCCCAGGCCAUGCACCAGCGUGGCAAGCCCUUCCAGGAGCACCACAACUUCGCCUCCUACUACCAGGGCAACAUGGCACAGAACCAGCAGCAGCAGCCACAGCAGCAGAGCCGGCACGCCACCCUCAACACAGGCGGCAGCCCCUUCCACUGCGGCGUGGUCCCCAAUGCCCCGCCCCAGUCCAAGCCGUACAUGGACGCCUCCAACCCCAUGGCGUCCGGCCCGCCGGCCCAGCAACAGCCGCAGCGUCAGCAGGGCGCCUACCCAGUCCCCCAGCAGGUGCAGUCCUACCCGGGCCUGGGUUCGGAGGACACCGGCUUGGCCUACUCCAUGCAGUCGUCCCCCAUGCCUCACGGCCUGUCUUCCUGUUCGGUCAGCGCGUCGGCGGUGGCCGGCUAUCCCCCCUCGCAGUACUCCUUCCCCCGACAGCCGGUGGGGAUGAGCGUGACAAGCCAGCCUCUGUCCUCAGCGGCGGUUUCCAUGACGACGACCUCCUCUGCACGCGGAGCGUCGGCGCAUCCUGUGCCCGACCUCCUGAGCAGUGGCAGCUGUCCGUUCUCGUCGGCGCCUGGGUUGAGUCAGCCACAGCCUCACCCACAGCAGCAGCAACAACAACAACAACAACAACAACAACAUCAUCCUCAUCAUCAACAGCAGCAACAACAACAGCAACAGCAAAGGCUUCAGGCGGCAGCCAGCCAGUCCGGGGAACAGUGUCCCUUCUCUCGUUCCAUGCAGCACGCCAAGCCUGCAUACAGCACAUCCGACAUGUUCCCCGACACUGCCAACUCCUUCUCUGCCACAGCGGAGAGCCAGUUCCCCCCUCUGCAGCAGCGGAGCUGCCAGAUGAGCAUGCCUCCACCCACUGCCACCAGCUCCGGCUCCACCUCCAGCACCGGCGGCAGUGGCGGCAGCACCAACGGGGGGUACCAGGCCAUGGAGAAGCACCUGCUGCCUGAGCCUCAGGGUGGGGGCUUUGAGGGGCUGGAGGCCCCCGACCUCCUGGAUGAGGACUUUCUGCCUCAGUUGGAGGCCGCCCUAAGCCAGCACGAGGACUCCAACUGCUCCUGGGCUAACGGCAGCCAGGGAGAGGGAGACGCCGAGGAGGAAGAGGAGUCGCUCUCCGUUCACUAUGAGAUUCAGCCCCCUAAGAACACUAAUGGUCCCAGCAGUCAGGUGCGGGUCCUCAGCCCCCAGAUGAAAAGUGGCUCGUCCUCCUCAUCCUCGUCUUCGUCCUCGUACUCCUCGGCCUCGGAGCGGCGGGCCCAGAAGCGGCAGCAGCAGCAGCUGCUGGCUCAGCAGCAGGCCGGGAUGGACUCGUCGGACGACAAGCAGGAGAAGGCCAACCGGAUCAUCUCCGAGGCCAUCGCCAAGGCGCGCGAGCGCGGCGAGAAAAACAUCCCGCGCGUCAUGAGCCCCGACAGCUUUGAGAGCUUUGCCGGAUCGUCCGAGCACCGGACGCACCGCAGCGCCUCUGCCAAGGGCCGGACCAAGGAGAGGACCUCCAAGAAAGCCCGCAUCGUCUCGUCGGGAAAGCCCAACAAGCAGAAAGCAAAGAUCGGGAAGAUCGUCAUCAAGUUUGGCAAAAAGAAGAAGCGGAAGCCAGAAUCCUCGGAAGAGCUGUCCGACGAUGAGCCGCCCCCACCACGACGCUCCAAAGAGGACGACUCGAAGCGGAGAUCUAACCGUCAGGUAAAGAGGAAGAAGUACAUGGAGGAUGGCGAAGCUCGCGUGUCCGACGAGGAAACAAAGGUUUCGGUGAAAGCCAAGAAGGCCAACACUGCAGCACGCAAAGACCCUGCCGUGCAGCUGUUUGUGAUGGAGAACCCAAGUGAAGAGGAGGGCGCUGUCGUCGACAAAAUCAUGUCCUCACGCAUUGCCAAGAAAGAGGUCUCUCCUGGUGUGCUGGUUGAAGUGGAGGAGUUCUUUGUAAAGUACAAAAACUACUCUUAUCUCCAUUGUGAGUGGGCCACAGAGCAGCAGCUGGAGAAGGAUAAGAGGAUCCAGCAGAAAAUCAAGCGCUUCAAAAUAAAGCAGGCGCAGCGAGCACACUUCUUCGCAGACAUGGAGGAGGAUCCGUUCAACCCGGACUACGUGGAGGUGGACCGGGUGCUCGAGGUGUCCUAUUGUGAGGACAAGGACACUGGCGAGCCGGUGGUGUACUACCUGGUGAAGUGGUGCUCCCUUCCGUAUGAGGACAGCACAUGGGAGCUGAAGGAAGACGUGGACCAGACUAAGAUAGAGGAGUUUGAGCAGCUGCAGGCAGUGAAGCCAGACUCACGCAGGAUGGAGCGGCCCCCGGCCAGCCUGUGGAAGAAGCGCGAGCACUCGAGGGAGUACUGCAACAGCAACAGCCUCAGGGACUACCAGCUGGAGGGGGUCAACUGGCUGCUCUUCAACUGGUACAACAGGCGGAACUGCAUCCUGGCCGACGAAAUGGGCCUGGGCAAGACCAUCCAGUCCAUCACAUUCCUGGAGGAGAUCCAGCGCGUGGGCAUCCGCGGGCCCUUCCUCAUCAUCGCGCCGCUCUCCACCAUCGCCAACUGGGAGCGCGAGUUCCGCACGUGGACCCACCUCAACGUCAUCGUCUACCACGGCAGCAUGGUCAGCCGGCAGAUGCUGCAGCAGUACGAGAUGUACUUCAGGGACUCCCAGAUGGGUGAGGAGAAGGUCAGAAGGAAGAAAGAUGGACGAUGGAAGAUGGAAGGAAGAAAAGAUGGCCGAGCGAUCAGAGGGGCGUACAAGUUCCAGGCGGUCAUCACCACCUUUGAGAUGAUCCUAGGUGGCUGCCCGGAGCUCAAUGCCAUCGAGUGGCGCUGUGUCAUCAUUGACGAAGCCCACCGCCUCAAGAACAAGAACUGCAAGCUGCUGGAGGGCUUCAAGCUCAUGAAUCUGGAGCACAAGGUGCUGCUGACGGGCACUCCACUGCAGAACACCGUGGAGGAGCUCUUCAGCCUGCUGCACUUCCUGGAGCCUCUGCGCUUCCCUUCGGAGACCACCUUCAUGCAGGAGUUUGGGGACCUCAAGACCGAGGAGCAGGUCCAGAAGCUGCAGGGCAUCCUGAAGCCCAUGAUGCUCAGGCGACUUAAGGAGGACGUAGAGAAGAAGCUGGCUCCCAAAGAGGAGACCAUCAUCGAGGUGGAGCUGACCAACAUCCAGAAGAAGUACUACCGUGCCAUCCUGGAGAAGAACUUCUCCUUUCUGUCCAAGGGUGCCGGCCAAGCCAACCUUCCCAACCUGGUCAACACAAUGAUGGAGUUGAGGAAGUGCUGUAACCACCCCUACCUCAUUAAAGGGGCCGAGGAGAAGAUCCUUGAGGACUUCCGCGAGGUCUACAACCCCGGCGCCAUGGACUUCCACCUGCAGGCCAUGGUCCAGUCGGCGGGCAAGCUGGUCCUCAUCGACAAGCUGCUACCCAAGAUGAAGGCCGGCGGCCACAAGGUCCUCAUCUUCUCCCAGAUGGUGCGCUGCCUGGACAUCCUGGAGGACUACCUCAUCCAGAGAAGAUACCUCUAUGAGCGGAUAGACGGGAGAGUGCGGGGGAACUUGCGGCAGGCGGCCAUCGACCGCUUCAGUAAGCCGGACUCGGACCGAUUUGUGUUCCUGCUGUGCACGAGGGCUGGAGGUCUGGGCAUCAACCUGACCGCCGCCGACACCUGCAUUAUCUUCGACUCGGACUGGAACCCACAGAAUGACCUACAGGCCCAGGCUCGCUGCCACAGGAUUGGCCAGAACAAGGCGGUGAAGGUGUACCGGCUGAUCACGCGCAACUCGUACGAGAGGGAGAUGUUCGACCGGGCCAGCCUCAAGCUGGGAUUGGACAAAGCCGUGCUGCAGAGCAUGAGUGGACGGGACAAUAGCCUGGGAGGCGGGCAGCAGGCCCAGCAGCCGCUCUCCAAGAAGGAGAUCGAGGACCUGCUGCGCCGCGGCGCCUACGGGGCCAUCAUGGACGAGGAGGACGAGGGGGCCAAGUUCUGUGAGGAGGACAUCGAUCAGAUCCUCCAGCGCAGGACCAAGACCAUCACCAUCGAGUCCGAGGGACGAGGGUCCACUUUUGCCAAGGCUAGUUUCGUAGCGUCGGGGAACCGCACGGACAUCUCUCUGGAUGACCCUAACUUCUGGGACAAGUGGGCCAAGAAGGCGGAGAUAGACAUGGAGACGGUCAAUGGCAGAAACAGCCUGGUGAUUGACACGCCUCGCGUGCGGAAGCAGACGCGGCCGUUCAGCGCCACCAAGGACGAGCUGGCCGAGCUGUCGGAGGGCGAGAGCGAGGGCGAGAGCGACAAGCCCAAGCUGCGCCGGCCUCACGACCGCCUCAACAGCUACGGGCGUACCGAGUGCUUCCGCGUGGAGAAGAACCUGCUGGUGUACGGGUGGGGCCGUUGGAAGGACAUCCUGCUGCACGGGCGCUUCAAGCGGCCACUGAGCGAGCGCGACGUGGAGAUGAUCUGCCGCGCCCUACUGGCCUACUGCCUGGUGCAUUACCGCGGCGACGACAAGAUCAAGGGCUUCAUGUGGGACCUGAUCGCACCCACAGAGGACGGGCGCACCAAAGAGCUCACAAACCACCUGGGCCUCUCCACGCCAGUGCCGCGGGGCAGGAAAGGGAAGAAGAUGAAGACUCAGUCGACAGGCUUCGACAUCCAGAAGGCGGAAUGGAUCCGCAAGCACAACCCCGAGCACAUGCUGCAGGACGACGGCUACAAGAAGCACCUCAAGCACCACUGCAACAAGGUGCUGCUACGGGUCAGAAUGCUCUACUACCUGAAACAGGAGGUGAUCGGCUCACAGUCACAGCAAGUUCUGGACGGCGUGGAGGCCAGUGCAAUCCAGAUUCGUGUGCCAGAUCCUGACAGCGCAGAGCUCCCAGCUCUCUGGUGGGACCAAGACGCCGAUAAGUGUCUGCUGCUUGGAGUCUUCAAGCACGGUUAUGAGAAGUACAACACCAUCCGGGCAGACGCAGCUCUCUGCUUCCUAGAGCGCGUGGGCCGGCCGGACGAGAAGGCUAUCGCCGCCGAGCAGAGAGGCAACGACUUCAUGGACGGGGAUGUGGAUGACCCCGAGUACAAGCCUGCCCCGGCCUUGAUGAAGGACGAUAUGGAGGAUGAUGCCUCCUCUCCUGGAGACCUGGUUAUCACAGACACAGGUGGAGAAGGCAGCUCUGCCCCGGAGGGCGGGAGCACGGGCGCGUACUGGCCGUCGUCCUCAGCCCUGACGGCCCGUCUGCGGCGUCUCAUCACGGCCUCGCAGCGCUUCACCAAGAGCCGCCAGAUCCUGCACAUCCACCAGAGCCAGCAGUCCCUGAUGCCCACGCCGCUGUGCCCGCUGCCCGCCACACUCAACGACACCCUCACCUUCAACCCCAAGAUGGCCGCCAAGAUCGAGAGGCAGCAGAGGUGGACCAGGCGAGAAGAGGCCGACUUCUACCGUGUGGUGUCCACGUUCGGCGUGGUGUUUGACCCGGACCUGGGCCGCUUCGACUGGACCAAGUUCCGGGCCAUGGCGCGCCUGCACAAGAAGACGGACGAGAGCCUGCAGAAGUACCUGUGCGCCUUCACCACCAUGUGCCGCAGAGUGUGCCGGCUACCGCCCAAAGAAGGAGACGCAGUGGACCCAUCUCUGUCCAUCCAGCCUAUCACGGAGGAGAGGGCGUCACGCACGCUGUACCGUGUGGAGCUGCUGCGUCAGGUGCGCGAGCAGGUGCUGCGUCACUUGCUGCUGUACGAGCGGCUGGCACUGUGCCAGCCGGGCCCGGACCUGCCCGUGUGGUGGGAGACGGGCCUGCACGACCGCGACCUGUUGCUGGGCGCCGCCAAGCACGGCGUCAGCCGCACCGACUACCACAUCCUGCGCGACCCCGAGCUCUCCUUCAUGGCUGCCCAGCGCAACUACAGCCAGAACAAGGGCCAGCUGGUGCCGCCGGGUCAGUCGGCCGCCCACUCGCAUGCCCUCGCCCAGGCCCAGGCGCACACGCGCACCCCGCCACCGCUGCUGCCCGCACACUACCUGGCCGCGGCUCCUGCUGCCGCUCUUGCCGCCGCCACGGCACAGUCACCCCUGGCGGCCUCGGUCUCGCAGAGACCUGAAGAUGGCGCCCUCGCGGUGAAGGAGGAGGAGCAGGAGAUGGGCUUGGACGCCGGGGAGGAGGAGGAGGAGGAGGAGGAGGAGGAGGCCCGGUCGAGGGCGUCCGCGUCUGCCGCGCCGGACGAGAAGUGGGCUCUCUCUGCGGUUCCCCUCGCGGGCCCCCCGACGCCCGGCACUGGGGAGGAGCAAACGGACGUGAAGCCAGUCAUUGUGAAGGGGGAGGAGAGUGAGAAGCGCAUGGUGGCUGCCCGCACCAAGCCGCUGACCCCCAACCCGGCCGGACGCAAGCAGAAGAAGUCCAAGAAGAAGGAGCGCAGUAGCGCUGGCGCCGCCGCUCGGCGGCCGUCGGGCUCCGACUCUGACUCUUCCUCCAGCUCUUCAUCACGUUCAUCCUCCUCUUCCUCCUCCUCGUCCUCCUCGUCCUCACACUCAGGCUCCAGCUCAUCUUCCUCCUCGUCCUCUUGCUCCUCAGGAUCGUCCUCCUCAUCAUCCUCAUCCUCAUCUUCCUCGGAGGACAGUGGCAGCGAGGCAGAGGACGGACAGAAGAGCACAUCAGCAGUGGCCACUGUGAAGGGCUUCGACGAGGACAGCGUGGCAUCACACAGCACCACUCAGGACGAGACGCAGGAGAACAGCGUGACGGAGAACGGCAUCACACACCCCCCCAACCCCUUCCAGGGAGGAGGAUACAUGCUAGCUGCCUCCUACUGGCCUAAGGACCGUGUGAUGAUCAACCGCUUGGACAGCAUCUGUCAGGCCGUGCUGAAGGGGAAGUGGCCCGGCACGCGGCGCUCCUACGAGCCCGGCUCCGCCGUGGCCUCAUUCUACACCACCAAGCUGCUAGACAACCACCAGGUGGCGUCGGUCUCCGCAUCGUCGGCCGUUAGCGGCGGCCUCUCGGCCCCUGGCCUCCUCCCCGCCGCCGCCACCGAGGACCCCGCGGCCUCCCCGCAAGGGUCAAAGGUGACCAAGCAUGUUGCAGACAAGGAGUUCUCAGUGAAAAUGAAUAACCAGGAGGGCGGUCUGAAGCUGACCUUCCAGAAGGCUGGCCUACACCUGAAGAGGCCCCUGGAGGGGGAUGAGGGGCCCCUGGCACAGCAGCAGUACCUGGCCCGGCUCCAGGAGCUCCAGAGUGCCUCGGACACCAGCCUCACCGACUUCACCAAGACCCCCAGCGCCCCCUAUCCACAAGCGCUGGCAGGUCAGAUGAGACUGAACGGCGUGCUGGAUGGCCAGCCUGUGGUGAAGCGGCGACGCGGGCGGAGGAAGAACGUGGAGGGCAUGGACCUGCUGUUCCUGAACAGGAGCCGAGCGCCAGCCAUGCCCGAGCAGCGGGUCCCUCCAGGUUGGGUUGGCAGUGGCCAGGCCAGUGUGCCAGUGCCCCCUGCUGGUCAGCAACAGCAACAGCAGCAGCAGGGCUUCAGCCCUCAGGCUCAGGGCCCGCAGGACGCCGAGUGCCGGGUGCCCGUCAUCCACCUGAAGGACGGAACCCGGCUGGCCGGAGACGACGCGCCCAAGAGGAAAGACCUGGACCAGUGGCUCAAAGAGCACCCAGGCUUCGUCGCGGACGUGGGAGCCUUCAUCCCCGGGGUGAAUAAGAUGCAGUUCCAAGACGGCAGGCCCAAGCAGAAGAGGCAUCGGUGCCGGAACCCCAACAAGAUCGACGUCAACAGCCUGACAGGCGAAGAGAGAGUGCAGAUCAUCAACCGGAGAAAUGCACGCAAGAUUGGUGGUGCCUUUGCCCCUCCUCUGAAGGAUCUGUGCCGGUUCCUUCAGGAGCACCCGGAAUAUGGUGUUCCACCCGAGUGGGCCGACGUGGUCAAGCAGUCGGGCUACCUACCUGAAAGCAUGUUUGACCGGAUCCUGACUGGACCCAUCGUUCCGGAGGAGGUGAGCCGGCGCGGCCGGCGGCCCAAAAACGCCCUGGCGAAGGCAGCCUCGGCCGGCGCCAACGCCUCCGCAGCAGCGGCAGCCUCGGCCGCCGCCAUGGGCCUGAACCCGCUGCUGGCCAACGGCCUGCUGUCGGGCCUGGACCUGCCCAGCCUGCAGCUGUUCCAGCAGAACCUCCAACAGAACCUGCAGAGCCUCCAGUCGCUGCAGCUGACCGCGGGCCUCAUGGGCCUGCCCGCCGGCGACGCCACCAACCUGGCCGCCAUGUUUCCCAUGAUGCUCUCGGGCAUGGCGGGGCUGCCCAACCUGCUGGGCAUGAGCGGCCUGCUGGGGAAGGCACAGGACGGAGGAGCAGGAGCUGCAACGAUGGCGGCCGCAGCGGCCGCCGCCAUGGCGACAGCAUCAGCACCAGAGGACACCACGCGGAAGAGCAGCAGCAAGGGCAGCAAGGGCAGUAAGAACUCGGCGGCCGACGCAGCGGCGUCCUCACAGCCGCCGCCCUCCUCCGACACCAAAGCUGAAAGGACAGAGGUGGCCAUCUCGGAGAGUUCCGCGACGCCCAGUUCGUCCUCCGCCGCCACCGCCACCUCCACCACCUCCGCCACCUCCACCUGCAGCUCCAGCCCACUAAGUGCUUCUGCUGCUGCAGCGGCGGCCGCCUCCGGUCACCCUCUGGCCCUCAACCCUCUCCUCCUCUCCAGUAUGCUCUACCCAGGGAUGCUCCUCACCCCAGGCCUUAACCUGCCCUCUGCAGCGCAGCAGAGCCAGAGCACAGCAAACACUGACCACGCCACCUCCACGGUCACCUCCCCCAGCGUCUCGUCGGCCGCCACAACCGCCACCUCUGCCCAUGCGCCCGCUGCCGCCUCCGUCGCACAACCCACGCCGCCUCUUACCGCCCGCUCGGAAGACGGGGGCGAGGAGGAGGAGGAGGAGCAGGAUGACGAGGAGGAAGAGGAGGAGGCAGCGGAGCAGAAGGAGAACAGUGGUCCCGAGGGCUCGGGGAAGGUCGAGUCCUCUUCCUCUGGAGAGUCGGACAGCUCCUCCUCAUCAUCUGACGAUUCUGACUCGAGCGAUGAAGACUGAGCCUUUAUAAAUAUAUAUACAUACACAUAUAUAUUUAUAUAUUCCUUAGAAAUGUAUACAUAUAUACACAUAUAUAUGAUUUACCCUGCACUUAUGUUGUGAUUUUUUUUUUUCUUUCCCCUUUUGUAAAUAUUAAAUCGAGAGAAAAAGUGUUGUGUAAUUAAGACAAAGCCUUAGAGAACCAAGAUUAAAGAAACUGAAAUUAAAUUUCAGCGUUUGUUUAGGUACAAUCUUGUUUUGAAAAAGACAUUUUGCAUGUCGAACUUUAGUAGAUUUAUGGACUUUGUGAACUUGUAUUACACAAUGAUGUACAAUUGCAACGAGCAAGAAGAAAAAAAAAGAAAUCAACUAAAAGGCAGAGGCAUUAUUGUAUUAAUUAUGUUGGGAUUUAAUUUUAUUAAAAAAAAAGAGGAAAUACAUUACUGCUCCUGUUGAGCUGUACUAUUAAUAUAUUUUGAGUGUGUGGGGAAGGGUGGACUUGAACUAUUUUUUGGUUUCAUUUGUAAAUACUUUUACAGGAUCCUUGACACUUCUACUUUGCAGAACAUACUUUGGAAAACGUCAGCAAUAACUCGGGCAGCUAAUGAAUGUCACUGAAGCUGUAGACUUUUCACCUCCUUCAACCUGUUUUCCUCUCUCACCCACCACACAUCUUCCACUGAGGAGGAGUCACACUCUCUCUCUCUCUCUUUCAUCUCUCUCUCACACACACACACACUUCCUGUCAGACGCUCACUUUCUCUCCUACUCCCACUCUUCUCUCUUAUCCUGUUAUAAAAAAAAUGGAAACAGCUUCUUGUCUUUGCAUCGACUAAAGUAUCAAGUAGCCUUGGGAGCAGGCCUUGCUCUACACAUUGAUCACAGUUUCUUGCAUUCACGCACUCACUUACACAUACAUACUCUUGAUCCAGAUCUGG